GAAGUAAACACUACAAGAGGUCGAAGUUAUCAGAAAAUGUCCUCAGAUAAAAAGAACGUAACCUUACUUAAAUUACAGCCUAAUCAUCAUUGCUCUCAACAAACGUGUCAACGUCAAAAUGAUGAGAGACAACCAAUCAUUAUUGACCAGUUAUAUGAAAAUGUUGUUGGUGCCUGUGGUCUAUGGCAAUGGUUUACAGCAAUUCUAGUAAUGCUUAGCAGUCCAUCUACACCAACAUUCCCUGUAUUUGCCAAUUCUAUACCAGUACAACGAUGUCGGUUAUCCCCAAAUAUAGAGGAUAUUGUAAAUCGAACAAAUAUAAGCCUUCAACAAGUUGGGGCUAUAAUUGGCCCAUGGACUAGCGAAAUAGGCAGUAAUUAUACCCAAACAAACGGAUGCUAUCAAUACAAGUUGGACUGGACAGAAAAGUUGUUCGAAGAAGUAAUUGAUACAUAUUUAAGUGGUUCAACGAAAUCAAGAUAUGCUGAUUAUCCACUGAUUCCCUGUCAAAAUGGAUACGUGUAUGAACUAAAUAAAUUACAGUAUCCUGGAAGUGUAGUUGUUGAGUUCAACAUAGUUUGUGAACGGGAAUGGCUUGUACCACUGGGUUCAUCAAUGUAUUUUGUUGGGAUGAUGGUUGGAUUUCUUGCUGGUGGAUGGGCUGGCGAUCAUUUUGGUCGUAAAAAAUCAUCCAUUUUUCUGGCCCUCAUUGAAUUUAUAUUCAGUCUUUGUGUAACAUUCUCACCAAAUUAUACUGUUUACAUAUUGUCAAGAGCAAUUGUUGCUGCAGCUAAUUUAGGCAAAGUAACUGUACUGAAUGUAAUGAUAAUGGAGUCAACCAUAGCUAAAUAUCGUUCAUACGUCAGUGCUGCUUUAGUAUUGGGAUAUAAUUUUUUGCUGAGAUCCUUAACAUCACUGGAAGCAUACUAUAUACCGGACUGGAGGUGGUUAAAUCUAGCUGUAAUGGCGCCUAAUUUAAUGUGUGUCCUACAUUUUUGGUGUUUAGUUGAAUCUCCAAGAUGGUUACUAUCUAAGGACCGACGUAUAGAUGCAUUGAAAUCACUAAAAUUUGCUUACAAGAUCAAUCACUUUCAAUCAGGAAUCGACCGAAAAUCUACGAGUAUACUAGAUGAGAUGAUCCAACAGGAAAAAGAAUUUCAAGAGGAAGAAGAACGAAAAAACAUCAGUUCAGACAUGAACAAUAAUCCUACCAAAAACCAACAAAGCAAUCAAGAUUACCAAGACCCUAACAGUAAUCUCACCAGUAAAUCAUCUCUACAACUUUUUCGAUCAUUUUUACUACCAUUCUCAACAAAACAGCUAGCUAAAACAACAGUAUUCGGAAUAUUAUUAUUCAAUGGCGAAGUGAUGACCUAUUUCGGUCUACUACUUUAUGCUCGUGCUGUACGCGGUAAUGUCUACUUAGUAAGCUUUAUCAAUGCAUGCACUACUAUUCCAGCUUUAUUUAUGUCAACAAUACUUUAUCGUGUAGUACGUCUUCGUAAACCUCCACUGCUGUUUGUAUUUGCAGUAGCGUUUAUUAUCCUGUUAUCAUGUGGUUUAUACACUUAUAUAUGCAAUCCAGAGAAUGAUUUGACUUUGGCCAUAGGGUCAAACUUAGCUCUUGUAUUUCUUGGUGCUGGAUUGUUCAUGCUUUACAUCUAUAUCCCUGAAUUAUAUCCUUCUGUUAUGCGUUCUCAAGGAUUUGGGAUAAAUGCUGGAUUAGGUCGUAUUGGUAGUAUACUCUGCACUUUUGUCAACCAAAUGGAUUUUUAUGUUGGACACGGUUCACCUUUAUUAAUAUAUUCAGUUGUUACUUUACUGCAGUUAUUCAUAUUAUGUAUAAUACCGGAUACAAGUGGGGAAAAUUUACCUGAUGUAUUAGCGAAAAAGCAAUCUGACACGGAAGAUGCAAACGAUCUUACAAGUUCAGUAUUCUCAGUCUCUGAAUUUACUAGGGUGUGAGUCUUCAUAUUUCAUUGAAUUUGUGUACAAUUCAUUCCUUUUCUGUUCUUUUAUUUUAAUAAUAUAGUUUACUAUUUGUCAAUACAUUUAGAUAUGUAUGUAAUGAAGGCGCAAUGUUAUUAGUAUUUUAUUCCCUGAAUAUCAUGAAAACUGAGGUUAUUCGCUGACGCAUAUUGUUAUGAAUGUUUCAUUAAGCCUUAAUAAUAGACCACUUG